AAUAAUUUGUCGAGCAGAAAUCAAAGGUAAUGAGUGUGGUAAUUAUUUAUUAUGUAGACGAAAUUACACAAGGUCCAUCUAUAAAUUUUCCCAUAUGCGUAUUGUAAAUUGUAACUAUAUUGUAAACAUCCGGUGAUGGAAUUUCGUAUUCACAUGGAUGCUUUCGAAAUAGAUUUAGUAAGUAAGGUAUAAAAUCUGGAGAGUUCUCCUUCAAACUCCAGUGGUUUGUGUCUCUUGGUGGUCUCAACAGUGAUUGCAAUGGCUAAGAUUAUUAUUCUUUGCCUGGCUGUCAUUGUUGUCGCAGAAGCUGGAUUGAUAAGCAAAGCCCAUCACAAUUUCCCGUAUCUAAACUCCGUUUAUCAUGGCCACGGUGCGACGAGUUACCAAAAUGUUGAUAUACAAAAUCACUUGUCGGUGCCAAUUCCUAAAGAUCUUCAAGUAGACGACGGUCAUGAGCACGCUUAUGAUCACAAAAUUGAAUUAAUUCACGCUCCGGAACACUCUGAGCCUUCGUACGGUUCCUCAGAUGCUUACGAAGAAGAUUUACAAGUGGCUUAUCGUUAUCAUCCAGAUAAUUACGAGCACUACGAUAACCUAGACUACGAGUAUCAUUAAAUUAAUUAAAUUAAUAAGUAAUAAGCUAAUGAGGAGGAUUGGAUUUAUAUUUAAUUAAAAAAUAAAAAAGAAAUAUUAUUUAGCUGUAAGAGGCCUACGAUCUCUUUAUUCCUCAUCGUUAGAAUCAAUAUACAGAUUUAAAAUAAUUAAUAAUAAUUUAUUUAUAUGUAAAUAACAUUACGAUAGCGAAAACCAACAAUGUAGAACCGUAAAUCGCUAGAUAAUAUUUAUUAUUAUUAAACUUAUAAUAUAAUUAAUUAUUUAGUCAUAUAAUA